AUGCGCUUUUCACUACGUUUUUCCGUUCGCUCAUUCGCUGCUUUCCUCCUUUAUCUCAGUCUAAUCUCUAUACAAUGGGUCAAUGCCCUUGCAAAUACAGACACCAUUACUUGGGGCGGUUCCAACGACAGAAGCGGAUAUCAAAACAACCACAAUAUGGAUUCUGCGGUGGUUGGGAGUGCUCAGUUUGGUCUACUAUUCAGAACAAAGCUACCUGGUACAUAUCCGAUCAAUGGACAGAACGUGCCCGAACAGAUAUUCUCUCAGCCCUUGGUGUAUACCGGUUCCGAUGGUGUACAAUAUCUUUACAUUGCGACUACCCAGAACAACCUGUACAAGAUCAUUGCCAAGACUGGAAUCAUUGUGGCUUCUCGGAACAUACAUCGGCCUUUCCUGGUCAGCGACUUGAAUGGCUGUGUUGAUAUCAAUCCAACGGUGGGCGUGACUGCCACUGGAGUCAUUGAUCCUGACACGGACACAUGGUACUUCACUUCCAAAACUUACAUCGACCAAAAUCUCAAUGGUCCCACUGGUCGUCCGAAUGGUCGAUACUAUAUCCAUGCUGUCAGCACUGUAGAUUUGUCUGAGCGCCCAAAUUUUCCUGUCAACCUGGAAGGUAUGGUAGCCAGGAACAAUCCUGAGCGAUCCUUCAAUGGUGGCAUCCACCAUCAGCGUCCAGCGUUGCUUCAUACGGGCAAUUUUAUUUACGCCGGAUUCGCCAGCCACUGCGUCCAAUGGAACUUUACUGGCUGGAUCGUCGGUUGGGAUAAAGGGACUGGUCAACUCGUGGAAAGAUUUGCAACAGAAGGUGCUGGCGUUGGCCCGGACAUCCCUGGUGCUGGCGUGUGGAUGUCAGGCGGCGGGCUUGCCACUGAUGGAAAGGGUUCCAUGUUCUUUGCCACUGGUAACGGAUAUGCUUCUCAACUCGAUGGCAUACCAGUCAACGGUAGAAACCCACCUACCUCCCUCGAGGAAGCCGCCGUGCAUAUGGCCAUCAAUGAAGAUGGCUCGUUGACUGUGGUUGACUUUUUCAUGCCCUGGGAGAAAACUCAGCUCGAUGGCGCAGACAAAGAUCUGGGGACAUCGCCUCUGGAGUUACUCCCAAGUCAGUUCUCUUGUGGAGAUAUCAAGCGGAUGGGCGUUGUCACUGGUAAGAGUGGGAAGACCUACUGGCUCAACCUCGACAACCUUGGGGGCUACCAGAAUGGCCCAAACAAACUGGACAAUGUGAUUCAGGUCUAUCAGAACGAGAACUCGGUCUAUGCGGGAGCCGGUGUCUAUCCACUCGAAGGAGGUUACAUCUACAUUAACGUCAUCCAGUAUAAGACGCAUGUGUUCAAAUUCUCAUGCAACAAUGGUGUUCCAUAUUUCAACAAAGUGGCAGACUCGCCAGAAAAGAACGCAUAUAUCCUCGGCGUUGGGCAUGGCACUGUCACGUCGUUGAAUGAUCAACCUGGAACUGGCUUGGUAUGGACAUCGGACGUGGAGGGCUCCAACCUGAGAAUCUAUAAUGCCAUUCCCAACAAUGGCAUCUUACAGGAAAUCAACUCAUUUGUUACUCCAGGAACUACAAAGUUCACUCGGCCAGUUUUUGGUGAUGGUAUUGUCUAUCAAGGAACCACUCAGGGAUACAUUUAUGCUUAUGGCGCCCCGGUGAAUCUGCCCCUGAAUUGUACGGGCGUUCAGUUUGGCACAGUCAAUCUCAAUGCGACAACUGCCCCAAUGACGGUCCAAUGUUUGGCCAACACUGCCGUUACAAUAACUGGAGCGGGACUCUCCGGCAACCCGAAUUUCGCAAUUAACAGUCUACCAAACUUCCCGAUCACCGUGGCCCAGGGACAGCAAUUCUCCUUUCAAGCCACUUUCAGUCCGCAGAUCGUGGGACCUUUGUCAUCAUCUGUCAUCCUCAACACGACGCAGCAAGCCGCCGGUUUCAGCAUCAAUACUCCUGUACAACUGAAGGGUACUGGCCAGAGUCAAGCGCCGUUGUUGAUGAUUACACCGAAUACGGUCAGUUGGAAUGGUGUUAUUACCGGCCAGGAGGCUGGCGGAGUCAAUCAAUCAGUGAUAAUCAGCAACGUUGGAAAUGCCCCUCUCAGCAUCACCAAAAUACUGUAUUCUGUGGUUGGUGAGACCGGACCCUGGAUUACGCCCAAUGGCACGCAAACAGUCACGGGAGUGUCUGCAUUCACAUUCUACAACAUGCCGCUUUCGGUGGGACCGAAUAGUGCCAUAACAGUUCCAAUCAACUUCAAUCCACCCUCCAGCGGAAACUAUGGCGUCUACGUACAGGUUGUGUCAAAUGGGGGCACAAAAGUCUUUGAUGUUCUCGCCACUGGCUCGGAUGAACCCAGAGCUGUUGUCGAAUUCCAGACUCCUGGGGGAGGAUGGAUUCGGUACGACAACACGACCGCCUUCAGUUUUGGCAAUGUGACCGAGAAUACAAGUCGGUAUCUGAAGAUGCGAUUGACCAACAAUGGAUCACCGAACGCAGCAGCCUUAUCUGUGACCGUUAGUAAACCACCAUUCGGCAUUCCUGGGAGCAUUAUUGGAGCCAGUAACCAGGUCGACCUCGCCGAAGGAACGUUGGUAUAUGCUGGGCAGAAUUUGACUGCCACUCUGUUCUGUUCAGUGCCAAAGAGUCAAAUCAAUGUUGAUCCAUACGUCGGCACCGCACAAUGGACCAUGAAUCUCAAUGACCCGAUGUUUGGAAAGCAGCACAUACAAUUUCUCUGCAAUGCUGUAUCUGAACAAGGACCGCCUCUAAACCCAGUGACUCAGCAAGGCAUUUACCGAUACGCCGGCUGCUAUACUGAGAACAACCCAGGCCGACAACUACAGGCAGCCAUUUACAGUGGUCCGCUUAAUACUAAUGAGCAAUGCAUAGCCCAGUGUUCUGCUGCAGGGUACAUCUUUGCCGGCACACAGUACAACCAAGAAUGUUGGUGUGGGUAUAACCGCCCAAAGACUGUUAAUGAUGAUGCCAAUUGCAACUUUGCAUGUUCUGGCAACGAGAACGAGAUCUGUGGAGGCAACGGUAUCACCGGCUCUGGCUCUUUCAUUUCACUGUUUGGCGACAUAACUCGCUGGAACGGCAACGCGACAGACUCUCCUGGUCCCUACGUCAACCCUGGUGCUCUUGGGUUCCGAUCUCUUGGAUGCUAUACCGAAGGAUCUCAAUCUCGUGCGCUCAAUGUGCAAGUAAAUGCCAACAAUACGGUGACGGGGUGUCUCGCAGCAUGUCAAGGGUACCUGUACUCCGGCGUGGAGUAUGGUGGUCAAUGUUUUUGUGGGAACUCCCUGUCCGCUGGUGCCGUCAGUACUGCAGCUUCGGAUUGCAGUAUGACAUGUAACAACAAUCAAACAGAGUUUUGUGGAGGUCCAAGUCGUCUCAACAUGUACAUGUACGGCAACGGCAGCCUUCCUACUUCGACUGCCACAUCAGGAACCGGGAAUCAGAAUCCGCCUGGCCCAACAGGACUGGCAAUUCCAUCAACAAUCGGCAAUUUCAGUUAUGUCUCUUGUUAUACAGAAGCCACCGCAGGUCGAGCUCUCAGCGGCUAUACGUUGGCCGACAACAGCAUUACCACACAAACUUGUGCGAGCAAUUGUACUCAGUACCGUUAUUUCGGCGUGGAGUACGGUCGGGAAUGUUAUUGUGGAAAUACUCUUGGUGCCGGCAGUGCUCCAGCAACUGACGGCCGAUGCAAUAUGCCAUGCUCUGGCAAUUCGAGCCUUGUAUGUGGCGGACCGAAUGGGUUGACCCUAUACGUGAAUCCAAACUGGACGACAACUACACCCCCACCAGCACCCACGCCGUCCGGGCCGAGCACUGUUUCCAAUAUUGGCAAUUUCCGAUACGUUGACUGUCACACCGAAGCCACCAAUGGUCGUGCACUCACUGGAAAUGCUGUCGCCUCAAACGAUAUGACCGCGCAGUACUGCGCCGGAAACUGUACUGGCUUUAUGUACUUUGGUGUUGAAUAUGGUCGUGAAUGCUACUGUGGGAAUACUCUAUCUGCUGGGUCGACCACUGCUACGGAUGGCCGCUGCUCCAUGACGUGUGCCGGGAACUCCUCGACUGUGUGCGGUGGACCGAACGGGUUGUCUCUGUACCAGUACGUGAUCCCGUCCAAUUCCAGCUCAAGCUCGACCAGCUUGGUACCGAGCAGUACCUCUGCCGGCUUGUCCACCCUGUCGAGCUCCACCUCGACUGGAAAGACAUCGACGGCAGGGUCAUUUGCGAAUACAACCUCCACGACUGGGUCGCGUAACAUACUGUCCGUGACCAGCAACAGCAUUGUCACAUCGACUCGCAUUGCGACAUCCACAGCUCUUUCAUCUACCCCGAGCACGUCGUUCAGCACAUUGCGAGCUUCAGCUUUGGGCAAUUCAAGCACGUCGAGCAGUGCCUUGUCCUCCUCGAGCACCUGGUUGACCUCCAGCCGUGCCGGUAUAUCAUCUACAUCAUCUACGUCAUCAAGCUCAUUCCUGGUGUCAAGUCGAAAUGGAACAUCUUCAUCGACAGCCUCGCUGGUGUCGACUACAUCUUUGGCCUCAGACAAUUUGAUACGGGUCAUCAACGGCUCAACCACAACGAGCACGGCCCGGCCGGGCUCUUCGACUUUGACCACAUUGAAAGGCAGUCUUUCCGUCAACACGACCCAGGUGACAUCUACCUCCACUGUUCCAAUACGUUCUCUUGUGUCUAUUACUUCUUUCAAUGUCCCCACGACAACAACAGCAAGCAGAAACACAACCUCCGCCUCCUUUGCUUCAACCGCGUUUAUGAGCUCAUCUACAAGCAGGAGCCUUGCUGCAAAUUCGACUUCGAUGUCAAGCACGAGCAGAAGCCCCACCUCAAGCGUCACCUCGACAUCUUUAUCAAGCCUGACCGUACUUAGGACUUCGGCAUCCACCAUGUCUUCAGGGUCAAGAUUGGCAAGCAACUCCACCUCAGCAAGUUCACUAACUUCGUUCUCGAGCUCCGAGUCGUCUGCAAGUCGAAGUCUUGCUUCAAAUUCAACUUUGGCCUCAACCACUAGCCGAAGCUCCACCCCGAGCGUCACUUCGAGAUCGUUACCAAGCUCAACCACAGCUAGGACUUCAGCAUUCACCUCGUCCUCAGGAUCAAGCUUGGCAAGGAACGCGACUUCAACGAGUCUUUCACCCUCGUCCUCGAGCUCGACUGAUGCGCGGCCCUCUACUUCGUCCGGUGGUUCACCGUCAAAUGUGAGCGGGUGGACGAGCUUGACUAAUCCUUCGGGCCCAGUUUCAACGGCAAGCACGGCCAGAACUUCCGGCGCGGCUCCAGCUCUCAUAUCGACCUCUUCACAAUCAGCAAGUACCACCGCCAGCACCGCCACCAGCAGCUACUCGAGAACUUCUUCCUCAACCUCUGGCUCUAGCACAGGCUUCAGCACGAGUUUCGUCUCACGGACCUCUUCAAGCACGGGCUCGUCAAUGACAAUUUCAGGGGCGACACAGAAUACAGGGUCCAAUUCGAGAUCGACUUCUUCUUCGAUUUCCACAUCCCAAUCUUCCACCAAGCCUUCGUUAACCACCAUUUCCCGUACCCUUUCAACUGCCUCACCUGCAACAACUUCAGCUUCAAUUUCAACUUCGAGUGUAACCCCAAGUCCAAGUCCAAACUCAUAUCUAGGUCAAUACUACCCCAACACCACAUAUAUCGGAUGUGCAGCCGAACUGCCCAGUGGACGUCUCCUGUCUUCGUCAUCCAUGACCAACUCCUCAAUGACCAUCUCGACAUGCAUUGCAUUCUGUUCCUCUCAAUCAUUCCCCCUCGCAGGUCUGGAAUACGGUCGAGAAUGCUACUGCGCCCCUGCUCUGCCUGCAGAUACUCCGCUCAAUGCCACAGGAUGCACAAUGCCAUGCGGCGGUGCGUCUAGUAGCGAGAUCUGUGGCGGCCGCUCCCGUCUCAGCAUCUACAAUAACACAGCCGUAUCUGCACCAUCUGGCCCGUCUGUUCAAAAGGUCAUUGGGGAUUAUACUUACCAAGGAUGCUAUACCGAUCCCUCGGCGGCACAGCGAGCGUUGAAGGGGUAUUCUACUACCAUCGCCGAAGGCAGUGGAGGUCAAGAAGGCAUGACUCAGUCCCUCUGCGUCUCAACCUGUGCGGACCGAGGAUUCAGAUAUGCCGGUGUCGAGUAUAGUCGCGAAUGUUAUUGUGGGAACGAACUCAAUGUAUCGCCGGCUGCUACUACUACUACUGCUGCCACCAACAACAAGGCUGUGCAGCAGACAUCGGAAGCAGAGUGCAACAUGCUUUGUGCAGGUGAUAAACAUCAGCUGUGUGGAGGCAGUUCGAGGAUCGGGGUCUGGAUGGCCAUGGCUAUGAAGUAGGGUGACAUACCUGUGUGCCCUUGUAAGGUCUUACUGGAUUCGGAUGAGGCUCGCGCGCCCAAGUUGAGUCAGUCGUACUCACUCCUAUUUCUCUUAUGUUGAAUUUCUUAUGUUGGAACAGAACGGUUCUUUGGCCUGUCCUGGAAGUUGGUGCGAAGUGCAGGUUCAGGUUCAGAUUUAUUUUUUCACAUUCAUAUUCACAUUUAUGGUGACGGGGUAGAAGGACUGGGAAUCAUCAAAUCAUAUAAUUCCUAGAUACUCUUCUGUUGUUCAAUUCAAAUACCCGUGGCCCUAUUGCAGGGUGUACAUCAGCUGAGUGGCACACUGUAACCGGU